GUCGCUAGUCUUUGUCGAGUACUUCCGUGCCUUGCCUCUCGACUUGCUUCCUGAUUAUCUGUAGUUACCGUCUUGGUACCCUUCUCUAUAAACUAACGUUAGUUAACUAUCCUAACUCAGUCUACUGGUACACUGUUGUAGUUAAUUGAAUAUGGCGAAGACCGUUUCGAAUACGGGGAAAACGUAAACCAUUGUAAAGUUGUAUAUUCCAUACCAGCUAUAUAUCUAGCUAGCUAGCUAGCCAGCUACACCUGCCUAGCCAUUCGAGUUAGCGCAGUCAAGAUAGCUGAGUGGGCUUGCUAUCUGGUCCCUUGUCGCCGCCUCACCUAGCUAACUAUCUAGCUAGAUAACGUUACCCGGUUUGUUGUCUGAGGAAGGAAAUAGUGGAAAUCUUUCUCAGAUGUCAAAAUAAACCAUGGAGAACACGGAAAAGGUACAGCUAAGGAGCCAUCCACGCAGACAACUUAAAAAGUUGAGCGAAGACAGUUUGACAAAGCAGCCAGAGGAAGUCUUCGAUGUAUUGGAGAAACUUGGUGAAGGGUCCUAUGGCAGUGUGUUUAAAGCCCAUUUCAAGGAGACGGGGGAGAUUGUGGCCAUUAAGCAGGUCCCUGUAGAGUCAGACCUGCAGGAGAUCAUCAAGGAGAUCUCAAUCAUGCAACAGUGCAAUAGUCCAUAUGUUGUGAAGUAUUAUGGGAGUUAUUUCAAGAACAGUGAUCUGUGGAUCGUCAUGGAGUACUGUGGAGCUGGCUCUGUAUCUGACAUAAUCCGGCUACGCAACAAAACGUUGACGGAAGAUGAGAUUGCCGCUAUCCUGCAUUCCACUUUGAAGGGACUGGAGUACCUUCACUUCAUGCGGAAGAUCCACAGGGACAUCAAAGCUGGGAACAUUCUGCUCAAUGCUGAGGGACACGCCAAGCUUGCUGACUUUGGAGUGGCCGGACAGCUAACAGACACCAUGGCAAAACGCAACACGGUUAUCGGCACACCAUUCUGGAUGGCUCCUGAGGUGAUCCAGGAGAUCGGCUACAACUGUGUGGCAGACAUCUGGUCUCUGGGCAUCACAGCUAUAGAGAUGGCCGAAGGCAAGCCUCCCUACGCAGACAUCCACCCGAUGAGGGCAAUUUUUAUGAUCCCCAGCAAUCCUCCCCCUACAUUCAGAAACCCUGACCAGUGGUCUGAACCUUUCAAAGAGUUUGUGUCACAGUGCCUGGUGAAGAACCCUGAAAACAGAGCCACGGCCACCCAACUUCUGCAGCACCCGUUCAUUAAGAGCCCUAAGCCCGGCACCAUCCUGCGAGCUCUGAUCGCAGACGCCGUGGAGGUUAAGCUGAAGAAACAGGAGGCCCAGCAGAGGGAGCAGGAUCAGGAUGAGGAGGAAAAUUCGGACGAAGACGAGGUGGACCAGGGCACCAUGGUUCGAGCGGGCACCUCUGACUUGGGCACCAUCCGGGCAGCUGGAUCUCUGGGCAGUUCGGCGGGCACCAUGAUUGACAGCGGCACCAUGGUAUCUCAAAUGGGCACAAUGGUCAUCAACUCGGAUGAUGAAGAUGAAGAUGCAGGAACAAUGAAAAGGAGAGAGGAGACCAUGCAGCCAGCCAAGCCGUCGUUCCUGGAGUACUUCGAGAAGCAGGAGAAGGAGAAGGAGUCCAACAACCACGGAGAGUCUCAAAACGUAGCCAACAAUGCAGAUAAAAGCAAGAUCCCAGCAGAAGUAGACAUGGAGGUGAUGCGCUCGUGGAGCGUGGAGGAACUGAGGAGGAGGCUGGCAUCUCUGGACCCUCAGAUGGAGCAGGAGAUCGAGGAGAUUCGUCAGCGCUACCAGACCAAGCGCCAGCCCAUCUUGGAUGCCAUCGAGGCCAAGAAACGGCGGCAGAAGAACUGAGCCGCCACAGCCAGCCACUCAAGGCCGUGAUUACUUCUGAAGUUUGAUCGAACACAUUCCACGCUGCCUGGCAUGCAGACUUGCUCGUUAAGUUAUUUCAGUGCACUUGAAAUUCAUGUUGUUAUUCUCUGUAGGUACUGCUAGAUUGCGGCUGUGGAUGGUACUGUAUUAUUUCACUAGCAGGAGGGUCAAAGUUGCAUUUUUGUCUGCCAUACACUGAAUUGUACUUAUUUUCUUAGUUUUGUCAGGUUUUUUUCUAGUUCUGUCAUAAUGACUGGUACGAACUGAUGGUUCUUAGCAUCCCUUUACUGUAAUCUGCCAUUAUAGAGCAGGUCUUUUUUCAGCUUCAUUUAUUUUUCGGUGUAGUAUCCUUGCAGCCAUUCUAUCUCAGUGCUUUGUUCAGGCGUACAUAGUGGACCACAGAGAAACUGUCCAGAGCACUGAAACCUUAUAUAAGUCAAGCACUGUAGCAGCAAAUUAGACUGAUGGAUUGCAAAUGGAUUGUACUAUGCUGGAGACACUGCUUUUUCAUGCCUUUUCCUUGACUGUAAAAAAGCUAGAUUCUUAAAGGGUUUGAAAGCAGUCUUCACAAAACAGACAUGUUCAGGCCUCAUCCUGUUUAAAGUGCUGACUAAAAACGUUGCAUUCAUAUGGAUUUUCUGGUGAAGUGCGUAUGCUUGUGGUCAAAUGAUGUAAAGAGCUGUGCCCAAAGCUAAAACAGUUAUACACAAGUUACAAGUUACAAACAAGUUCAAAACAAAAUCAUGCACGCUCAUCAUAAACCUAAGGAGUGUAUAUCUGCCAAGUCAGAGCCAGUGAACAUAACAGCCCAAAAAGAGGAAUCACACAUCAGUUACAAAGCCAGUGUUGAAAAGUGAGGGAAACAAUAAUUUUGUAUACAGUACAAGGGAACAAAUCUUAAUACAAUAUUGCUUCUUGGUCUGUGUGAACCAGUGAAUAAUAGUGCACUUCAUUGAUUUAUUGCACUGUGCAUAUUUUAAAUAUAUGUCUAGUUGAGUAACAGCACAGUUGAAAUUUUGCUAUUUUUCUACCAAGAAAAGAUUUUGAAAGCCUUAGGAACUUAUUUUUUUUAUACUGAAAUUGUAUAUCGUUCCACUUUGAAAACGGAAUACAUAUCUGGCAUUUAUUUUCAAACAGGAUUUGCAUGUUUGUGCGCAUAGCCUCUCAGGUUGUAUUGUCUCAGGUGAUUUUAUAGAUAUUUCAUAGUUAUAUGAAUACAUAUGUACUACAAACGAGUACAAUUCUAUCCACGAUUAUUAUGUCCUGCUGAUUUUAAAGGGAAGAUGCAUGUAUUUAUUUUCAAUUGCCUUAUUAUGUGCUGUUUUUGACCUAUUAUGAUGUCUUAAAGCAUUGGGUUUGGUAUCUAUUGAAUUGUUACAUGUUAUGAAAUGAUUACCUCCAAUGUACCCCAUGUGACUGCCAUAAGGACCUUGUGGAGAACUAUUUGAAACCAGCCUUAUAUAUUCGUGGCCCAUCACACUGUUUGUGUAAUUUUAGGAUUUGACUCUGAAAAUGGGCUGUUGUUUUCCCCUGAUACAAGUCCUGGCUCGUAGAUUGAGGUAGCCAUUACUGGAAAGAUUUUCUUCAUAUAAUGUGAAUGAUGUGCUGUUGCUACUAUUAGUUUCCUUGGUUGUGGAAUUAAGUUCUGACUGGCCCUGCCUUAAAUUACAAAAGAAAAUAUCUAAAGAAAUUGUCAUUGUUUUGCAUUUAGAGUUUGCCUGUUUUAAAUUGUCUGUAAAAUUAAACCGACCCCAGUUUAUCCGUGGAAUGUUUAAUUGUGUUGAAACUGAAUGGGGAAAGAACGUUUUUUUCCCAAGCCCUCUUAUAUAUCGCCUUGGUCGCCAGUUGCAUUUCUUAAAGUGGAAAAAAAAAGUUUGUUCUCCCAGGGGUUUUAUCGCUUACUGAUGUCUUAUAUCCAAAUAGCCCAGAUGAAUAUUUAAUAAGGUCAAUAUUUGACUUUGAGCUGGACUACGAUGCACUGUCUGGUGCAGUGGUGUUUGUUUCAUAGACUCCCUUCAACUCAACCGCCCUCAUCCUGCCUUUUGUCCCAUCCCACACCCAUCUCGUCUUGUCAGAUACAGAUUAGGAUCACUACUCUAAAAGCGGGCAGUGCACAUAGCUACCAAAAGAAAAGGGACAUAACAUCACAAGUACUCUUUAUUAGAUAUAUUUGUUAAAUACGUCAUAUCCCUAUGUUGCAGUACAGACUACUUUUCUGAUGAAACCUCGAAAUGAACACACCGAUGUGUAGCCUAGGUCUUGCCAGUGAAACCAUUUCUCUUCUAGCCUGUCAGACCAUGUAACAAACUAAUGAUCCAUUCUCACAUUACACUUAAGUUUGCUUAGGCCAUUUAGGGACAAACGUAUUAUAAAUGAAUGGCAAAAGCAAUUUUUUCUGCCAAUUCAUUGGUGUCUCAUGCAGUUUUAACGGUUGCAACCCAGCACUUCUAUACAUCCAUUAAUGUUAUUCACACCGCCUCUGGAGAGAUAUUGACUGAAGCUGUUGCAAGAAAUUAUUUUUUAUUUCUGUUGGGUGGUCAGGAGCAGUUUACAACCAUUUCUUGUAUCCCUUAAGUAGGCACUACACAGCAUUGUGAUGCUUUAUGCAAGGUAGAUCGUAACUGAAAAAUUGGAGAGUAUUUCAUAUUAACCACUGCCUGCAGUCUAUAAGGGGUUAAUGGCACAGGUAGCAAGCACAGUUGCUACACUAUUUCUAACCUAGCAUACAUACAUGAACCAUGUCAUGCAUUCUGAAUUGUGUGGACUGUUAUGACAUGUAGCAAUGUGAAUGCUUGUUUUGGAAUACAGUACCUGUUGUAUAGAGGAAGAUAAACAAUGUGGAAUCUAGCAUAAGCGACAAACACAUUGAUCUUUAUGCAUUAUCUGUUCAAUGAUGCAAAAGACCAAGGGCCCUAUUUUAAUAGAGAAAGGUGCCCAUGCAAUCACAAUGACUUAUUGCAAGGUUAAAAGGUCUGGCCGACAGCAGUUGCUAUUUUUGUUUGCACGCACUAUCCGCCCAAGGGUUGGGUCAAGUCCAGUAUAAAUAGGAGGAUGAUAUCAAUUUGAACCUUCCCUUAGUCUAAUGGAAGAUUCCAACCAACACACACCUGAAGAAAUGUUUAGGUUUUCUUUUAUGUUUUUUUGAGAAACUAUUAGCUAGGGGUGGGCAAGCUAGACAAUAGUGAAUGUUACCUACAUAUGGAGGCGUUUAAAGUUGCAAUAAAAACAUUCAACAUGUG